AAUGGCAGCUCCAUAAUGGUGGCUAGUGAGGCUGAGGUGUCCAUGAGAGUUGUUCUCCUACUGCUCUGGCAUGGCUUGUCUCUGUUCCCUACUGACCUCUCCCAGGCUGGGUCCUCCCAACACCUCAGCAUCUUAGAAGUGGUGAUCCCCUUGAAGGUGACCAACAGGGGCAGAGGCGCAAAGACUCCAGUCUGCCUCUCCUACAGCCUGCAGUUUGGGGGCUGGAGACACAUUGUCCACAUGAAGGCCAAGGAGCUCUUGGUUUCCAGACAUCUCCCGGUGUUCACCUACAUGGACCAGCACGCUCUCCAGCAAGAUCAGCCUUUUGUUCCUGAUGACUGCUACUAUCAUGGUUAUGUGGAAGGGGUCCCUGAGUCCCUGGUUGCCCUCAGUACCUGUUGUGGGGGCUUUCGAGGAACGUUACACAUAAAUGACCUUACUUAUGAAAUCGAGCCCAUCAGGCACUCUACCACAUUUGAACACGUGGUUUAUACGGUAAACACUAAUGAGACACAAUUCCCAUCUAUGAGAUGUGGCUUAACAAAAAAGCAAAUAGCACACCAACAGUUGGAAUUUGAAAAGGCUGAGAAAUCAACUCUGAAACAAAAUUCUACUGAUAACUGGUGGACCCACUCAUGGUUUCUGGAGCUGGCUGUGGUGAUAGAUCACAAUUUCUUCAUUUACUCCCAAAGUAACUUCUCAAAAGUGCAGGAGGAUGUAUUUCUUGUCGUCAACAUAGUGGAUUCCAUUUAUCAGCAGUUGGGUACUUAUGUGAUUUUGAUUGGGACUGAGAUUUGGAAUCAUGGAAAUGUUUUCCCAAUGGUAAACAUAGAACAGUCAACUCCCUGGGAAGCUGUUUGGUACAAAUGGCCCUUAUCUCCUGGAGGGGAAGAGAAAUCACAGCCGAGGAAAAAUCACAGGAUCCCCAGAUGCCUGAGCACAGCCUCCCCUAAUAAACACACAUUGUUAUGUCAUAGCUCCCCCCUCCCUCCUCAACCUCCCCAGGGUGCCAAGCCUUCAGCCUGUCUCUGCUCUCCUCAUGACUACACUGCUAGAGAAGUUGCUGUUUCAGGAAUAGUCUUGCCUGCCUCCCACCUGACUGCACUGUUUUUUGAGUCACGGUCUCCCACACUCAUGGGGCCUUCCUGGGCCCAGGCCCACAAGACAGGCGAUCUCUGGCUGCCUCUGCUCUGUCUGCUCCUGUCCCCGGUCUGCUGCUCCCAUGCCCGACCAGGAUGGCGCUUCACUUCCUCUGAAGUUGUGAUCCCCAGGAAGGUCUCCCAUAGGGUAAGUGGAGCUGAGAUACAAGGCCAGCUUUCCUACAAGAUUCACUUCAGGGGCCAAAGACAUGUGGUUCACCUGAAAGUCAAGAAGAACUUGCUGCCCAGACAUUUUCCUGUUAUCACCGAUGACGACCAAGGUGCCAUGCAGGAGGACUACCCUUAUGUCCCCCGGGACUGUUACUACUACAGCUACCUGGAAGGGGUUCCUGGGUCUAUGGGCACCCUGGACACCUGCUAUGGGGGUCUGCAUGGCAUGCUGCAGGUGGAUGACUUCACUUAUGAGAUCAAACCACUGGAGUCUUCUUCCAAAUUUGAGCAUGUGAUUUCCCUGCUUGUGUCAGAAGAAAGAUCAGAGGUGGAAAGGUGUACGAUUGAGGAGGAAGAUAAAGAUCACGCAUAUGAAGAGGCAACACUUGCUGAAACUCCUAGAGCAGCCCCUGUGUAUUUGUGGUGGCCACAUAGGAAAUACUUAAAACUUCACUACACGGUUACUAACUCACUAUAUGUUCUGGAUACAAACCAGACACGUAUAGUAGAGAAUGUAGUGCUUAUAGACAACAUAUUGGAUACCAUUUUCAGCCAAGCUCAUUACCAUGUUCACGUACGUGCUAUAUGCAUAUGGAAUGAUUCAGAUAGGGUGAACUUAUAUAAUUGGGCAACUGCUUGGGGAGCUUUAAAUGAUUUUGGGCUGUGGAAAUGGCAUGGAUGGUAUACCUCACUUCCUCAUGAUAGUUCAUUGAUUCUUACAGCACGGAAAAUCAGUCGCGUCUCACAUUAUGCUUUCCAAGAUGGAAUAUGCAACCCCAAUUGGGGAGUAGCAUACGCAUUAGUAGCAAAUUAUCACAUAUUUUUAGCUUCAUCUAUUGCAGCGCAUUCACUAUGUCAUUUAUUUGGUGUUAAUCAUGACACAGCUGGUUGUCAUUGUUUUCGGAGAGCCAGCUGUGUCAUGUCUGCUGAGCCUGGUCUUCUAGAUAUGAUGAGCAAUUGUACAUAUGGCAGAAUGCAUGAUCGGGCUUCUAUGUGGGAUCCUUGUGGGAGUGUUCGAAAUAACCCAUACACAAAUUUUCCAUAUGUAGCUCCUCGUUGUGGUGACAAGAUCAUAAAUAUGGAUGAAGAAUGUGACUGUGGCUCCCUUAAAGCUUGUAGUGACGAUAAAUGUUGUGAGACCCAUUGUGCCCUCAGCACCGGCAGUGUUUGUAGUAUAGGACCUUGCUGCAUUGGCUGUAGGUAUGCUCAGCCUGGAAAGGUUUGCAGAGACACGCCUGGUAUUUGUGAUCUACCAGAAUACUGUAACGGGAGAACACAUGUUUGUCCAGAUGACCUUUAUAUCCAGGAUGGAACCCCAUGUUCACCAUUAGCUGUUUGUGUGAGUGGAAACUGUACUGACCGUGAUAUGCAGUGUCAAGCCCUUUUUGGCCACCAAAUAAAAGAUGCUGCAGCAAUAUGCUAUGAAAAAUUGAAUCUAAUUGGUGACCGAUUUGGAAACUGUGGGGUGAGGGUGACACGAGGAGGAGGAAAACCUGUGACAUGUGAAGGUGAUGACGUUUUUUGUGGGAUGCUACACUGUAGUGCAGUUGGCCAGAUUCCUGGUGGAGGUGACCAUACUACAUUUCGUCAUAUACUAGCAGAUAAUGAAAAAUGCUUUGGCUACGAUGCACACGAUGGGACAGAACUGCCAGAAUUUGGGCUUGUAGUGGAUGGUGCAACAUGUGGGCCAGGAAGAUAUUGUUUAAAUCAGAACUGUACUUUUUAUCAAGACAUUAAUUUUGACUGUGAUAUCCAGACAUGCAACUUCAAAGGGGUGUGCAACAACAGGAGACAAUGCCACUGUAUGGACGGUUGGAAACCACCAUCAUGCGCGGAGAGAGGACCAGGUGGUAGCCUAGACAGUGGCCCUCCACCUGACAAAACACUACGUCUUCAAACCAAAAUAAUAUUUUCUCUCAACAAGGGAAUAUUUCUACUGCUUAUACGUUUCAUUCUUUUUGGGAUUGCAAUUCUUGGUGGUGUCUGUUCAAAAUUAGAAGGAACUCUAGAAAAGAGAAUGGAGGAAGAAAGUGUUGAAGAAGGCUAACAGCCUCAAUCCAAGUACAUACUAACUGGAAUGCACAAAAUGGCAAAACUCACAUUGGCCCUUGCUGGAAGAAAUGGUCAAUAAUCACUCUGAUAAUCACAUAAUCCUAUAACUAUUCUGAGGUUGUCAUCUUGAAAUAAAAUGACUUGGCAGGUAAAAA